GCCGAUCAGCGAUCAGCUUUUCUCUCUCCAAGGAUGGCGGAAGAUGAGACCUUGGAAUCAACCGACGUGAAGAAAAUGUUGAACGAGCUUGUGGAGGCGCAAAACCACUCCGAAGUGCUCGGGAUCCAGCUACUGCCGCCACACGAGGUAGAGGCGAUUCACCGCCAAUACCAGGAUCCCAAAGUGCGUCUGCUGCACAUUCUUCUUGCCUUCACGAGGCAAAUCCAGCUCAGACCGACAUGGAGGGUCAUUGUGGAAGCUCUCAGGAGUCCUUCUGUCAAUCUACCAGCACUAGCUGCGAGGGUGGAAGCAGCUCAUUUCCAUGAAAAGCGUGACGUGGUACGUAAGACUACUAGUGGUAUGUUACCACUCAUAGUUCUCUUGCUGGUUGGUAUCACUAUCAUCUGAAACACCACAGAGUCUGCAGCCAACACU